UUUUCUUUUUCUUCUUCUUCCUCUUCUCCUCCUCCUCCUCCUUUUAUCUUUCUCUCCUUCAUUCCUCUCUUCCUUCCAUCUUCUCCCUUCUCUUCCAUCAUCUCCUUCUCUUCCUUCAUCUGUCUUCUUUCCUUCCUUCCUUCCCAUCCAUCUACCUUCUCCUUCUCUUCCAUCAUAUCUCCUUCCUCUCCUUCCUUUACUUCCUUCCUUCCCAUCCAUCUACUUUCUCCUUCUUUUCCAUCAUAUCUCCUUCCUCUCCUUCCUUCCUCCUCCUCUCCUUCUUUGCUUUUCUUCCCUCCCUCCCUCCUUCCUUCUCCUUUAUCCUUCAUCUCCUCCCCCCCUCCUCAGGGGUGAAAUCCAGCAGGUUCUGGAGAACCGGUAGCGGAAAUUUUGAGUAGUUCGGAGAACUGGCAAACACCACCUCUGGCUGGCCCUAGAGAUUUCGCAGUAUCCUUCCCCUGGAGUGGGGUGGGAAUGGAGAUUUUGCAGUAUCCUUCCCCUGCCACGCCCAUUAAGCCACGCCCACAGAACCAGUAGUAAAAAAAAUUGGAUUUCACCACUGCCUCUCCUCCAUCUUCUCAUCGUCUUCCUCUAUCAUCUCUCCUUCGUCUUUCUCUCCUUCCUUCCUUCAUCUUUCUUACUCCCUCCCUCCCUCCUUUCCAUCACUCCAUCCAUCUCCUUCCUUCCUUCCUUCCUUCCUUCCUUCCUUCCUUCCUUCCUUCCUUCCUUCCUUCCUUCCUUCCUUUAUCCUUCCUCAUCCCCCCCUCCUCUAUCACAAUCAGAAUUCAAAGUUCAAACCUCUACGCCAGCUAUUGGGAGAUCCAUUGAAUCUACUCUUCUCCAGUUCCCAAGAUCUCCCGCCAAACUGGUUUGGCAAAAGAAAUGAAAUCUGGAAUCCAAGAUGGAGACCCCGCUUGAAGAAGCUUUGGGCGUGAUGGUGGAAACCUUUUACAAAUAUUCGGCCAAGGAAGGAGACAGGUACAAACUCAACAAGACAGAGAUGAAGGAGCUGCUUCUGGCGGAAAUGCCCAAUUUUGUCAAGGGGAAGAUCAACGAACGCGGCUUUGAAUUCUUGAUGGAGAAACUGGAUGACAACGAAGACGAAGAGCUGGAUUUCCAGGAAUACGCUGUAUUUCUGGCGCUGACGGCGUCUCUCUGCUACGAAUUCUUCCAGGAAUGUGCGGACGAGAGCAACCGGAAGCUAUGAAGUCGCGGCUUUGGGGAUGGGAGGGCAGGAGGGAAUUUGGGGUGUUACGGCUCAUUCUGCUAGCAAAUAAAGAUCGUGGGGUUUUUUUUUUAACGCACAACCCUGGUCGAUCGCAAACCAUCUUUCUUGAAUGAUUUUGAAAAUUGAUCUCUAGUACGCUGGUUUGCAAAAUGUAGCGAUGAUGGAUAAAAAUCGAUGGAUUAAAUUGAUGAUGGAUAAAAUUGAUGAUGGAUAAAAAUGAAGUGAUGGAUAAGAAUUGAGGAUGGAUAAAAAUUGAGGAUGGAUAAAAUUGAGGAUGGAUAAAAAUGAAGUGAGGAUGGAUAAAAAUUGAUGCAUUAAAUUGAUGAUGGAUAAAAAUUGAGGAUGGAUAAAAUUGAGGAUGGAUAAAAUUGAGGAUGGAUAAAAAUUGAUGAUGGAUAAAAUUGAUGAUGAAUAAAAAUGAAGUGAUAAUGGCUAAAAAUUGAUGAUGGAUAAAAAUUGAUGAUGGAUAAAAACUGAUGAUGAAUAAAAAUGAAGUGAUGAUGGAUAAAAAUUGAUGGAUAAAAAUUGAUGAUGGAUAAAAACUGAUGAUGAAUAAAAAUGAAGUGAUGAUGGAUAAAAAUUGAUGGAUUAAAUUGAUGAUGGAUAAAAAUUGAUGAUGAAUAAAAAUGAAGUAAUGAUGGAUAAAAAUUGAUGGAUAAAAAUUGAUGAUGGAUAAAAAUUGAUGAUGAAUAAAAAGGAAGUGAUGAUGGAUAAAAAUUGAUGGAUUAAAUUGAUGAUAGAUAAAACUGA